GCACGCCUACUCCUGUAAUUCUUGCGCUUGGUCUCGUGAUAGCGGUCAGCUGAUAGCAUCUCUAACAUCUCUGUUUAGGAAAACCAUGUUAUUCAGCUAGUUAAAAGAAAGAAAUACAUUUGCACUUAAUCUCAACGAAGACGGAAGAUGUUGUCUCGUCUGCUGAAGGAGCACCAGGCGAAGCAAAAUGAGCGGAAGGAGCAACAGGAAAGACGCAGGCGUGAAGCUAUCACUGCGGCCACCUGUCUGACAGAAGCCCUGGUAGACCAUCUCAAUGUUGGAGUUGCCCAGGCUUAUGUAAACCAGCGUAAGCUCGACCAUGAGGUGAAGACUCUCCAGGUGCAGGCGAGCCAGUUCUCCAAACAAACGGCUCAGUGGAUCAGUAUGGUGGAGGGUUUCAAUCAGGCCCUUAAGGAAAUUGGGGAUGUGGAGAAUUGGGCCCGCAGUAUAGAGAUGGACAUGAGGACCAUCGCCACAGCUCUGGAGUACGUUCACAAGGGUCAGCUUCAGUCUGCCUUCUCAUAAACUUCAUGGAGGGACAUUGAUAGCUGGAACUAAACACGCUGGAGUGAAACUGAAAACCCAACUGACUCCUUCCAGCAAAGAUGCAAGCAGCGAUGACUUCGCUCGAUGCAUGCUCACCGGAAUGGGCCCACGCUGAUGAUGACUUUGCCACCUGUCUGCUUGUCUGUAAUAUCUUUAACUGGAAGGCUUAUCUUCAGCACCUGUUAACUUAAUUAUGUACGUCUAUGCUUUUGUAAUAUAGUAUGUCUAUGUAUGAUAACAUCACUUUUUGUCAGACAACUUAACUUUGACUUAAGUUACCGUUCAGAGGAUGACUAUUAUUUGUAAUAAAGUAAUAAAAUGCA